CCGCAGCGUGUAGUUCCGCCCCGGAGUGAACGCAUCGGAAAAUACACUAGUGGAAGACGGGAGAGGAAGAGGUGGUCAGCGGCGGCGGACAGUAAACUUCAAUCCACAUUUUGACGUUAACUGGCUUCAGCAAUCCGAAGAUAAAUUGACUGGAAAACACGAGAACACAUUUUGUAUUGGGAAGUGGGCAACAUCGAGCACACAGAAAUAUGGAUGAGCUUCAGGAUGUCCAGCUGACUGAGAUCAAGCCCCUGCUGACCAAUAAGAAUGGACGCAACUUCCAGGAUUUUGACUGCCAGGAGCAUGACAUUGAGACACCCCAUGGUGUGCUCCAUGUUACCAUGAGAGGGGUGCCAAAAGGCAACAGACCUGUCAUCCUCACCUAUCAUGACAUCGGCCUCAACCACAAGUCAUGCUUCAACACCUUGUUUAACUAUGAAGACAUGCAGGAGAUCACACAGCACUUUGCUGUAGUUCAUGUAGAUGCACCCGGACAACAGGAGGGCGCUCCCCCCUUCCCCAGUGGAUACCGUUACCCCACCAUGGAUGAGCUCGCUGAAAUGUUGCCCUCAGUGUUGACUCAGCUCAAGGUCAACAGCGUGAUUGGUAUUGGUGUAGGAGCAGGAGCCUAUGUUCUCACUCGCUUUGCUCUGAACAACCCCAGCCUGGUGGAGGGGCUGGUGCUCAUCAACGUAGACCCCUGCGCUGAGGGAUGGAUCGACUGGGCCGCCUCAAAGCUUUCUGGGUGGACCAGUAAUUUGGUGGAUAUCGUCAUGGCUCACCAUUUCAGCACUGACGAGCUAACGGAUAACCAAGAGCUGAUCCAGACCUACCGUCUACACAUUGCCCAAGACAUUAACCAGGACAACUUGGCCCUCUUCUGUGGAUCUUACCAAUAUCGGCGUGAUCUGGGAAUCGAGAGGCCCAUUGUUGGACUGAAUGAGGACACAGUCAACACUCUCAUAUGCCCUGCAUUACUAGUGGUUGGUGACACAUCUCCUGCUGUGGAGGCUGUGGUGGAAUGUAAUUCUAGAUUAAAUCCCACCAAGACCACACUCCUAAAGAUGGCUGAUUGCGGAGGUCUGCCCCAGGUUGUGCAGCCAGGAAAACUUGCAGAAGCUUUCAAGUAUUUUGUCCAGGGCAUGGGCUACAUGCCGUCAGCGGGAAUGACUCGCCUGUCUCGCUCACGCACCACCUCUUCUUCCAGCAUCACUUCUAUGGAGAGCAGUCGCAGUCGUAACAACCUCAACAGCUUGCUGGAGGGCUCUGGGGGCAUUGACAGCCCACCUGGACCCCAGACCAUGGAAGUAUCCUGCUAAAAUCACGGCCACUACUUUAUCCUGUACAAAUAACUUAUGUGCCCCUCAUUUCCUCUCAUUCAGCAGUCGAAUGCCACAAGACUCCAUAAUAAAUACAGUAUAAUGUAGAGAAGGAUGCUAUUAAAUAAAAUGUAUAACAGAGGCAAAAUAUUAUAUUAUAAAGUUAUAUUAUAUCUACUGUAAUAACAUUCCAUUCGGUGAUCUGUAUUUUACAUUUAAGCUCACUACAAUAUGAUCCGCUUACUACUUCAUUUUAGCUAGUUUUGCAUCUUUGUUUUAACUUGCUGUUUUGUUCCGGGAUUCUACAUUUUACCCAGUUCAUUCAUUUUUUUACUAAAAACUUGAGAGACAGUCUGUAGGCUUUAAAGAGACUUGAUGUAAGUGUUAGCAUGCUGCUACAUGUAUACUGUAUUGACUGUAACUGCAGUGAUAUUGAAAGUAGACCGCCACUAUGUGACACAGAUGGCUAAUGCAGUUGUAAGAGCACUCUUAAGUUCAGCAGCUAUUACGUGUGUUGACCCUGUCGCUCAGUGUUCUUUUAAUAUGAAGUUUUUGUAUUUAGGAUAACUCCUUUAUUUCUUGUUUUUAUUAAUUUUUGUGUUCUCUGAUUCUUUUGGUUCAGUGCUCAUGUUGGUUUGAAUACAGAAGGUACCCUUGGACUGUAUGCUAGUUCAACUCAUGUAUAUUACUACUGAAUAAAAUGUAACAACAUUA